AGAGGGUUUAAAUCUAUACAAUCCUGUCAUCUCCACUUCCUUUUGGAGAAUAAUGGUGUGCGAUGCUUGUCAAAAGAAGCUCACCAAGAUUGUUGGGAUAGAUCCUUAUCGCAAUAAAGUCUACAACAAGUUGCCCGGGGUUCAGAAGAGGCCACCAGCGAAUCAAAAUAAAUUACUUGGAAGCGAAAAGAAGGCAACCGUAAUGAACGUGAAGUGCAAGAUUUGCAAAUGUGCAAUACAUCAAGUUGGCUCGCAUUAUUGUCAGACGUGUGCUUAUCAAAAAGGAAUCUGCGCGAUGUGUGGGAAGAGAAUCCUCAACACCAAGGGCUUGCGGCAAAGCACUGUAUAGUUUUCGAUGUAGCUAUGUAUGUUCCUUUUGCUCCUGGACGAAGAUUUCUUUAAGGUGAAGUUCUGUUUGUGUUCUAAGCGUUUUGUACAUUUUUGAGUUUCGGG